CAAACCAAUCCACACCUAAACCCCCCGCUCGCUCGAUCCCGGCGAUGUCGCCGUCACCGACGCCGCGCCGGCCGCCGCGUCGCGCGGCGUCGUCGCGUCGGGCGUCGUACGACGAGUCCCUGCUCGACGCCGCGCUGCAGGCCUACCUCGGCGACGCUCCGUCGCGGCGCAUCCGCCGGCUGCGGCGCCUCUCGGCCGAGGAACGGCAGCGGGAGACGGAGACGGAGGCGCUCAUUGCGCUGUCUCUCGGGUUCCCCAUCGACGAACUUCUACCCCAGGAGCGGCCCCUCCUCCCGGCCCCCAUCGCCGACGCGCCCAACGACUACAUCGUCGUCCGCAACCACAUCCUCGCCUCCUGGCGCGCCGACCCGAGCGCGCCGCUCCCUCGCGCGCGCGUGCUCGAGACUGUGGCCGCCACCUACGACCACCUCGUCGCCGCGGCCCACGGGUUCCUCGCCCGCGAGGGCCACAUCAACUUCGGCGUGUCCGCCGCCUUCCCCGCCGCCCCGCCCGCCGACUCCGCGCCUCAUGGCGCCGCCGUAGCCUCCGUCCUCGUCGUCGGCGCGGGGCUCGCCGGGCUCGCCGCCGCUCGCCAGCUCCUCCGCUUCGGCCUCCGCGUGCUCGUCUUCGAGGGUCGUUCGCGCCCCGGCGGCCGCGUCUACACGUCCCGCCUCGGCGGGGGCAAGGCCGCCGUCGAGCUCGGCGGCAGCGUCAUCACCGGCAUCCACGCCAACCCGCUCGGCGUGCUCGCGCGGCAGCUUAGCAUCCCACUGCACAAGGUGCGGGACCGGUGCCCGCUGUACUACCCCGACGGCCGGACCGUGGAGACCAGGCUGGACAGGAGCAUCGAUCUGGUGUUCAACACUCUUCUGGACCACGCCACCAGGCUCCGGGAGUCUCUCAAUGAGGCCGCAGAGGGGAUCUCACUGGGGGAAGGGAUUGAGAAGCUCAGGAGGCUCUACCAUGUGGCAAGGACCGAGGAGGAGAGGGUGGUUUUGGAUUGGCAUUUGGCGAACCUGGAAUUUUCCAACGCCGGUUGCCUAUCAGAGCUCUCCCUCGCACACUGGGACCAGGACGAUGCUUACGAGAUGGGGGGAGAUCAUUGCUUCUUAGCCGGAGGGAAUUCCCGACUUGUGCACGCAUUGUGUGAUGGUGUACCAGUGUUGUAUGAAAAGACAGUGAAGCGCAUUGAACAUGGAGUGGAUGGGGUUAGUGUCACGGUGGAAGGAGGGCAGGUUUUCCAGGCUGAUAUGGCGCUAUGUACUGUCCCUCUUGGAGUGCUCAAGAGUGGGAGCGUUGUGUUUGACCCGGAGUUGCCUGAGCAGAAGCUUGGGGCAAUACAGAGGUUGGGGUUUGGGCUGUUGAACAAGGUGGCCAUGGUGUUUCCCCAUGUGUUUUGGGAUGAGGAGAUUGACACAUUUGGGUGUUUGAAUAAGGAGAGUAGCAAACGUGGGAAGUUCUUUCUCUUCUACAGCUACCAUACUGUCUCUGGUGGUGCAGUUCUUAUCGCGCUUGUGGCAGGAGAGGCUGCUUUGGAGUUUGAAAAGGUUGAUCCUGUUGUUGCACUUCAUCAAGUACUCAGCAUUCUUAAAGGUAUCUAUGGUCCAAAAGGUGUCACUGUUCCUGAUCCCAUUCAAUCAGUUUGCACGAGAUGGGGUAGUGAUCCUUUUUGCUGGGGUUCGUACUCUCACAUCAGAGUUGGGUCUUCUGGUGCCGACUACGAUAUUCUCGCUGAGAGUGUCAAUGGCCGGCUCUUCUUUGCUGGAGAAGCAACAAAUCGUUCAUACCCUGCAACAAUGCAUGGCGCCUUAUUGAGCGGACUAAGGGAAGCUUCCAAAAUUCUUCGUGCUGCAGAGAGUAGAGCCAUUUUUGAUCAUAAGAAGAAUUCACUGCAGAAAAGCCUGAGACUUCCCAAUGGUGCCCUUGAAGAUCUCUUCAUGGAGCCAGAUCUAGCAUUUGGGAGGUUCUCAUUCGUGUUCUCCUCAGUGACACCUGAUGAUCCAGAGGCUCCGGGAUUAGCUAGGAUUUCACUCGACAAACGUUUGCUUCUGCAGCCCAAGGAUCAUGGGUCAAAGGAAGAUCAAAAGGAUCAAAACCCUGCAGCUGAGAAAAUUGAUCAUGAGGCCUUCCAUUUGUAUGCUAUCGUCUCUCGAGAGCAGGCAGAUCGGCUACGACUUUCAAGUGACGACGAUAAAAGUAGGUUAGCAUUGCUAUGCAAAGAUCUCAGUGUCAAGCUGAUGGGUUAUGAUACUACAUGUGACGUUGGUGGCGAUCUAAUUUUGAGCAUUUUGAGCGCACGGAAAGCCAGGAAACGGCUGCAACGACCGAAGAACUUCAAGAUCUCACAUUGACAUGUACCAUUUUCUGCCUGCCUUUGUAGAACUGAAGCAUUCUCUUGUUAGGUUCAAAACCGGCUGAUGGAGCUAAGGUUUUGCUCUUGUACAAACAUAGACGCAUGGUGGAACUAAGAUCGUCCAUGCUGUGCUGUUUUAAAGUCUGUAAUGUGACUUCAGACUUUGAUUAGACAAAGUUCUGUGAAUUAAUUGCAAUCUGUAGGAGAUUCCUUCA